AUGCAAUUAGCGUUGUUGGACUUUGAAGCCGCUUUUGCUCCGUCUUCACAUCGUAGCCGUCUUCUCAACGCGCUCCUAGCCGAUGGAGUACCAGAAACGUUCGUUCGCUUACUUGAUAUCAUGAAUCAAAGAACGACUGCUUCAGUUCGAACACCGGCUGGAUAUAUAACACCAUUCGAGGUGGUAACUGGAGUAAGACAAGGGGCAAUGGCAGAAUAUUUCCUGUUUAACUUCAUCAUUGACACACAUGUAACGGUAUCCUCGACUGGUCUCGAGUACGCUGACGAUGUUGUUAUAUCCGCAGAAAGCAGUACGAAACUACAAAAUGUAAUCAACCUUGUAUCCAAGCUGGCUGCAGCCUAUGGACUACGUCUACGCCCUGAAAAAUACAAGCAGAUGAAAGUUGAGGUCGCUCUUCUGGUGAAGGCAAUCAUCGAAAAUGAUCUGCUUAAAACAACACGAGAUAUGGCUCAGAAACUAGGCGUUGACCAUUCAAGAGUCGUCCGCCAUUUGGAAAGAAUUGGAAAUGUUGAACAAUCUGUGCCGCAUGAACUGAGCGAGUCCCAAGGAAACCGAGGUUUUGAGAACUGCCCAACAAGAGUGAUCCAUUUUUGA